CAAAAAAAACUCGCAAGGCGAUCGUCUUGGGAUUAUCGUUGAUUUUGAUACUAUUCACGCUAUCCCUUGCCAAGCAUCGUUCAUUUAGCUUUCAAGAAGCAUCCCAGCCACCGGGAACAGGAAGGAAUGUCCGGAACAACAGCAUUAACACUGGUGCAAACGAAAUUUCUUCCGGUUCUGGGUGUCAGCCAGUUAGUCACAUUAUGUUCGUCAAAACGCACAAAUGCGGCAGCACCAGUAUCCAGAAUAUACUAAUGCGUUAUGGAAAUCAACAUAACUUGACUUUUGUAAUUCCUUGGUUUUCCAACAAUCUCGGGACAUUUGAAAACUUCGAACGGUUUCGUCCCGAAAUGGCGCUGCCCGUUCCGCGACAAUUUAGUACGCAAUAUGACAUCUUUGCCCAUCAUGCGCGAUUCAACAAAGAUGUAAUACCGGCAAUGAUGCCGAAAGAUACCGUUUACAUUGGCAUCUUGCGCGAACCGGCGGCGAUGUACCAAUCAACGUGGGCAUAUUUUUCUCUCAAUCGACGAUUCAGUGUUUCUCUGGAAGAAUUCGUAGCGGAUCCGCGACGGUACUAUUUCAACAAAAGUGAUGAUCGGUCUCUACAAUUUGCCCGGAAUCCCAUGAUGUCGGACUUUGGGUUGGAGAAAGAGAAUUUUGAUAAUAUAACGGCAGUACAAGAAACCAUUGAUUAUAUCGGCAAACAGUUUGCGUUGAUUAUGAUUAGUGAUUACAUGGAUGAAUCACUGGUGUUACUUCGCCAGUUGCUGUGCUGGGAAUGGGAUGAUGUUAUAGAGUUCCAUUUAAACCGCCAAAAUAAACAACAUCCGGUAAUGCUAAAACAGAAAGUUACGGGCGAUAUCUUGGCUUGGAAUCAUGCUGAUAAUAUGUUUUACCGGCAUUUUCUGAUGCGCUUUCAACAGAAGAGAGCGAUGUAUGGAGAAAAACAGAUGGCCGAGGAUAUACAAAAAUUACGGUCUCUACGGCAAAUAUGGAAAAACAAGUGCGUGGGCGGUAGCGGAUUGAAUAAUGCGCUUGCAUUAAUAAAGGAGAAGGAGCGGGAGCAAUGCUGGAUUUUAUGUAUGCACGAAGUUGAAUUCACGGAAAGAAUCCGUGUCAAAUUUUGGCCGAAUUAUGGAUUUAAAAGUCAAUAUCAGGAAGAAAAACCGAACGAUGGCGAAUUCUGUAACGAAGAUUUUGACGUGGCGAAGUCGGUGAAUAUCGCUGCCGACGGCAAGAGUAUCAAUAUAAUUGACAAAAGCAAGUUGCUUCGCCAUAUCCGCGUCCGAGGAACAAGCAAUACCACGUGGCCGGUCUUUUGACUGGGUUCGUGAUAACAGAUAAGGCAAUCCCGAGUCUUCUUUGUUCGUGUUGGUUGCAGUUAACCAGCUCGACUAUUGUGUUACACGGACGAAACAUGGUGUUACACGGAGGUCAGCAGAAAACGGGGUGCGUGUAGCAGCCCAACGGUAUCGCUCUGAAAAAGGAAAACCGAGCUACAGUAAUGGUUACGACUACUAAUUACUCGUACUUCCGCGCUGUACUUGUUGCGGAGAGUACUCCCGCACUGCUGAAUGGGCACUAUUAGAGCUAUUACACAUUAAUGUAGCAAACAGCGAAA